UCUCACACCGACUGUACAAAGGACUCAUAUAGUCAUCCAACGUGUCAGAAUACAUCAUCACCCAUUCUCUCCCGGAUCUCUGGAAAAAUGGAAAUCAGGGAUACCUUUUCUCGGAGAAGAUGUUAUAUUCUAGCUGCCUUUUCUUUCGUUUUCACAUUCUUGUUCGGCUGGUACGGCUUGAAAUCCAGCGAAUGGCACCCUAGCAUCAUAUUUCGCUGCACAGUAAACAACACAAGUGAUGACAUCAGACUUUCGCGCCUAGAUCUGUUGAGUGAUGUAAGACUGGAUAGAAUGGUCUACGCCAAGCCUGAUGUUCUUCAACCACCGAGGACAGAUGUUCUAACGAUAACUCCCUGGCUUGCACCCAUUGUCUGGAACGGCUUUUACAACAGAGACAUUCUGAACGCCCAAUACCACCAGGCUGGAGUCCGAAUCGGUCUUACGGUGUUUGCCAUUAAAAAAUAUGUUAUUUUUAUCAAAGAUUAUAUUGAAACAGCUGAGAAAUUCUUCAUGGUGGGACACAAGGUCAACUAUUACAUCUUCACCGAUCGUCCCAACGACAUUCCCAACUUCACUCUCGCAGAAGGCAGGUCUCUGUCUGUUCUUGAAGUCCCCGGAUACAAAAGAUGGCAAGAUGUAACCAUGAGGAGGAUGCAGAUGAUCAGAGAUCACACUCGCGAUCGCUUUGUCAAUGAGGUAGACUACUUAGUGUGCAUCGACGUGGACAUGGUUUUUUCCGAGCACAUUGGAGUGGAGAUCUUAGGCGAUGUGGUUGGAGUCAUCCAUCCUGGGUUCUUCGGAGCAUCUCGUAAAGCUUAUACGCAUGAACGCCGACCAGAGUCUGCGGGCUACAUUGCUGUAGAUGAGGGGGACUUCUAUUACACGGGGUGUUUUUUUGGGGGUGCAGUAGAAGAUAUUUAUAAGUUGACUAAUUUCACCCAUCAUGCUAUGUUGGCAGACAAAGCGAAAAACAUGGAGGCUCUCUGGCAUGACGAGAGCUAUUUAAACAAAUAUUUUCUUUCUCACAAACCGACCAAAGUCCUCUCUCCUGAGUAUGCCUGGAAUAAUUAUUAUGGCUCUCCAGCCGUCGUAAAGGUAAAAAGACUUCUCCACGUCGACAAAGACUUCAAGGCCGUCCGAAGCAACUGACCAGCCUGGAUAAUAUACCUCUUUAGCC